UUGCAUACCCCCUGGGUCCAGCCUCAGUUUUUUAUCUGCUCUGUGCGCCAAAGAUAGCAGUUGUGUGACACUCCCUGAAACACAGAGGUGAAGUGAUUCAAAGCUGGGUCUCAGCUGGUGCUGGUCACCUCCUGUUUGCUUUCUGGAGGCAUUGAGGUUCCAUGGGCAUAUCUCUAGUUCCUGUAAUCCCUGCCCCAGGCAAGAAAACUGCCCUAGAGCUGCAGUCUGUGAGGGAUUGGGGUCCCCUCUCCCAUGUGAAGGGGUUUUGUGCUAUCAGUCUCAGGGUUUUUUCUCCCAUGGGAGCACUGUGGUGAGGAUCUGGCCAGCCCAUCCCCAUGGGGUAUCCCAGGUGAGGCAAUAUCCCCUGGCCAUCCACCUCCUAUGUUACACCUGAGAGGGCUGGAGACCCCUGUCCCUACAGCACUGGCAUAAGGGCUUUCAGAAAAAGGGGUUUAUAUUCACAGCAGCUUGUUUAAACAGCUCUCCUCACUCCAGCCUCAGGGAUGAUGCAGGCGUGUAGGGGUGAUGUAACAGCGAGGGUUGCAUCACUGCAGCAGGCUUGGGCUGGAUGCUUGUACUGGCAGCAGCAGGUGGGAUGGCUGCAGUGACAGCUACAGAGCAUUGGCCACCUGUAGGGUUUAGGUCACUAUUUUGUUUUUACUUCACUUUUUUUUUUUUCCCCAUAAGUUUUCAUAUGACCAGCUCCAGCAGGGUGGGGAAGAAACUUCUGGCCCCUCCAUGCCUACUUACUGCACAGCAUGGCUGGUGGCCAAUGCUCUCUGUGCCAGCCUCUGAGUGAGUCACAGGGCGAUGGCCUCACCUGGCACUGGUGACUACUUGGCGCAGCCAUACCUGUUUUGCUUUCCUUUCCACACCUGGGGAUCUCCUCUGUGUCGAGGAUUUUUUGCUCUGGAAAAGCUGAGUGAACCUCCCCAGUGCUUUUCUUCCACUUUGUAGCACUGUGGGACCUGUAAUUGUAUCACUCUAUGUACUAACAGCACAGUCAAUAGAUGUGGAAUGCAAUUAACAAUUUUUUGAUGUGGUGAGGCCAGAUAGCUGCUCAUUUUCUUGUAGGCAGAAACAGAAGAGGGGCUGCAUCAUUGCCUACGCCUCCCUGCUGGGCUGGCCAUGGUGUCUGCAGCCUGUGGUGGCUUCAGGGGACCUGCUGUGGUGGGUGACAGCUGCUGUGGCAGCAGAGCCAGCAGAAGUGUGGUUCAGAGGUGCUGUGCCAAAUGCAGCCAGAUUGGGUCGAGGGACAUCCCAUUGCUGUGAAAGCAUCUCUUGCAGCUUCUUGUGCAGGACUCUGGGUUUUCCUGCCAGCUGCUCGGAGCUCGAUGCCCACGGCUGAGCCAUGCAGUGUGUCAUAUUCCAGUGCUGUGCUUACAGCUCUGGCUUUCCAGCUCUGCUUUCACUUUUCCUUUGGCACCUUGGGAUUUCCUGCUUGCCUGUGUAAAGAAAUGACGUCUCAUUAUGAUUUGCCAACCAGAAACGAUCAGGUCCCACAGCAACAUGAUACUACUGUGACACCCCAUGGGCCAUCCCCUGAGCAUCUCCAUGGCUAUUCGAGUGCAGCCGGCAGUGAUGGGUGCAGGAUUUGGGGUAAACCCCCUGGAUUACAUUGUGGAUGGGACUGCAAGAGCUGGACCGAAGGGGAGGGUGAGCUGGCAUUGCUUGUGGGCAUGUUGCCCCUUCUGCCUUCUCCACAGGAAGGCAUGGUGCUCCAGCUGCAUCAAGGAUGCUGUGCCCAGCUUUAACGCUUCAUGGGACUUUUCAAUUAUAGAUGUUCCAUGCUUUGCUUGGGUAGCUACUGUGAAGUCACUUAUGCUGCUUUUGGCUUGUAUUUCAUAGUAGCACCAAGUGUGAACAAGUUGCAUUGAAUAAAAUGUAUUUUUCUCAAUGUGUUUGUUUCUUUAAGUGGACAGAAAGGGAAGAGCAGCUUCCCAAUCUUGGAGCAUACAAGCUAACACAGAACCAAGCCUUGGCUGAGAAUCAGGCUUUUAAUUACUGACCUUAUCUGUAUUAAUAAGUCCCACAGCCCAAUGCUGGUGGGUCCUGGUCCUGCAGUGCUGUUCAUGACUUGCCAUGAGCAGGAAGCCCAUGCCUCCAGCGCUGUCGGGCUUUACAUCUGCAUCUAACUGGAGCACUAACUCCAUCCAGUCUGAGUGAAGUGAGCACUGCUGCUGGCUGAGCUGCACCACUCCUAAUCUUGGUUGUCCAGGCCCACAGGCUCUGUGGUGCCUGGUGAUGGGAUGGGGGGCAAUGAACAGAAGUCAAAACUCAUCUGAGUACAGCAAAGUCUUACUGUGGGGACAGUUGUGCUCUGGCACAGGCUUCUCAGUUUGUGGGGUCUCUACCCUUGGUGAUAUGCAAAACUGGACAUGGCCCUGGAAUGCCUGCUUAGGGCAGUGAAGCACUGGAGCAGAUUGCCAAGAGAGGUGGUAGAUGCCCCAUUCCUGGAGAUAUCCAAGGACCAUGCACUGAGCACACGAUCAGCUGUAGGUGUCCCUGUUCAUUGCAGGGGAGUUGGACCAGAUGGCCUUUAAAGGUCUCUUCCAACUCAAACGAUUCUAUGAUAACCUGCUGCAGCUGCCCCUGCUUUUUAUACACACAGGAGUAUAUUUUUCUAUAUUUAAAGAUUGAUUAAUGCACACAAAAAAAUGCAGAUGUAGUUUCACAGCUCAGGUUACCUCGAGGAAACAGCAGAUUUUGGAUGCACGCUGCUGUGGCUGCCUUACUCAGUGCUACACUACUGCAUAGUCUCUUUUGACACACAUGGGUACAUUUUGCUAUACUUCAUGAUUGAUUAGUGCAUGACAUUCAAAGCGCAGUUAUAGUUUCAUGGCUCAGGUUACCUUAGGGAAAGGGCAGGUUUCUUGUAGUGCGGGUGUGUUUUUACAGCUGCCAAGGCAGCGCUGUGAAGAUGCUGUAUUUGCAUUUUCCAUGAGUACUGAACAGGGAGGAAAAGCCAUGCACAGCGCUGCAGUGUCCCACCACAUCCCGAGCCCUGUCCCGGUUGCCAUAUCCCCACAGCGCCCUCACCUGUGGCCGCACCUGUGGCCUCGGGGUUUCCUCUCUACUGCUUUCACUUUCCUGUUGCAGAGCUGCCGUGCCGUGGAUUUUCCUGUCAAGCUGAAAGUGCAAUCCUGCCCAGCUGCUUAAAAGCCAGGGAGAUGGGGCAGAGCGGCAGAAGUGACUUGAGAAUCACCUCCAUCUCACCUGAUUCUAUUUCUUUUUAUACUUAUUUAAUUUUGCUUCGAAGAUGGUACACUGCGGGGUUACAGUGAUGUUGGUGGGGACCCUGGGGGCCCUCCUGGUGGGUGCCUUCCCCCGGAGCACAUCAAAGAAGAGCUGCAGCCUCUCCAAGUACCAGUUCCCUGUGCCUUCUGAGUUGAAGGCAGUGCAGAGGAUGAAGGAGCAGUUUGAAGACAUCAUGCUGUUAACAAACCGAAAAUGCAACACCAGACUCUUCCAUCGGAAGUGGAAAACAGCUGAGCUGACGGUGCCUGACCGAGUCACCCUGGUGGAGGCCGAGCUGGACCUCGCUAUUGCCAUGCUCACAAACCCCACAACCCAGAAGUUGGCUGAGAUGUGCCAACAGCCCCUGGCCUUCCUUACCCAAGUCCAGGAGGACCUUCGAGUCUGCUUGGCUGUUGAGGCGCCUUCACAUCAGCCCUCUGGGAAACUGAGGCACUGGCUGCAGAAGCUGGAGACAGCCAAGAAGAAGGAGACCGCCGGCUGCCUGGAGGCCUCGGCCAUCCUCCACAUCUUCCAAAUACUGAACGACCUGCGGUGCACGGCCCAGCGUGAAGACUGCACCUAGUCCCACUGCCCCGCACCUGCCCGGGAGCACCAGAUGAUCUCACAUUGCUCCAUGGAAGCUUGACUGUAUUUUCCAAUUUAAGCGUUUGUCUUACUGAUGUGAGCUCAGGGAGCAAUUUUGUAACAGUCUUUUAAAUUAUUGUGGGUUUUCUGUUUUUUUUUUGUAUCAUGUAUUUAUAAAUAUUUAAGGAAGAUGUAAAGAAAUGCACUUCCUGAAAGGUACUGCUCAAUGAGGAUGAGCAUAUUUAUUGCAUAUCUUUGUUUUGCUGGUUUUCAAAACACUGUUUUUAAGAAAAUCUAUUUUCUGUACUUGCUAUUUAUUACACACCAUAUUACAUAUAUUUACCUGUAUAGAUAAUUUAUUUUUACAUGCCAUUUAACAUGAAAAAUAAAAUACCUUAAACUGACAAGCUGCCAUCAUGUUUUCACUACAUUUUGCUAUAGUGUCAUCCCUUCAGAAUCAUUUGGGGAGGAUACCAAUGUGGACGAUGGGCAUCUGAAGUCAGCAUCCCAGUACUGAGUGGGAAAGGCUCCAGGCUUGGCCAUCCCAGGAGCUCUCAGAAGAUCCCUGAAUUAUUUAAUUAUCAACCAUGAGGUCAGGACAGGUGAGGAGCGCUGGGAAAAGAAGGCACCCUGCAGGAAGAGGAUAAAAAGUGUGGACGAGCAGCGCUGAACCUCAUUCAGUUUGAAUCGCUUUGGGCCCAGAUGUUUCUUUGGAGACUGCUCACCAGAGAAGGGGAGCUGGUGGCUAUGUGCAGCUGUGAAGGCCACACAUGGUGUCACCAGGGCAAGAAGUCUCCCCAGCCACAGCAAGGGGAGCCAAAAUGUGCAGAUGAGAUUUUCUGCUCUCUUAACUCUCUUAAUUAAGAGAGUCAACAGCCAAGUCUCAUCAUUGGAUCACCUUAUAUAAACGUCUUCUGCCUCCACCUACCCCGUCAGAACCCAGGUUCACGUUACCCAGGGACUCCACGCACUGUUGGUGGAGCAGAGGCAAUAGUUCCCUCAGUAAUCUCCAGUCUGGGAACUGAUUUGUAGCACUGCAUCAGGCAGAAGAGAUCCCACAACUGCUGGCUGCCAGGGCUUGACAUACCCUACAGAAUUAUGCACAACUGUAAACAAUUUGCUGGUUCAUCUGAUGCUGUUACAAGAAAGGGUGAUUAAAAAGCUGUUGUGAGAGAAGAGGUGAUACAAGAAGAACCUCUGGGUUUCUGUUGAAAUUAAAGCAAAAAAAAAAAAUAAUGUGCAGGACUGUACUGACUUUUAGGGUACUUUUCAUUUAUUUUUUUCUUCCUGAAGACACAAAGCCAGUGUCUUGGCUUCUUCUGGUCAGAAGGAACCCAAAGAACAUCCAGUUCAACUCUAGAGUCAGGGCAAACUGUGCAGGGAUGCACCCAGGUAAGUCCUGUAUGUUUCCAGGAAGAGAGAUUUCACAACACAUAUCCAUGGCUAAGGCUUUCUGUUGGGUGAUCUUGUGAAACAGCUCCGUGCCAGAGUGUGUCUGAGUUGAAACAUGUCUAUUAGGAAAGAUUUAGGAAAGUGUUCUACCACUUCUGAAACAAAAUGCUCCAGCUGCCCUUAUCUUACUGAGGUACAGUGUGGACAUUUCUCUUCUUUCUGGUCCCGAUUUCUUAAGCUGGCUGAUUUAAAAGUUGGUAGACAAAUGGCACAGCUUCUUGUAUGUCCUUCUGCUCUGGCUGGAUGUGACUUUUAUUUCAGUUUUCUUUGUUCCAAAAAGUUAUGGAAAAUUCCUUCUUUAGUCCUUGAUGUCAAACAACAGCAUGAGUUCGUGACAGCUCAAGCCGCUGUUUCUUUUUUUUUUAAUUUUCAUCACUACUAAAUCCCUGUUUUCUAAUGUACUAGACACCAGUGCUCUUGAUAUUGUAAUUUCUCCCCCCAUUCAGUGCUGUUCAUAAUUCACACUAAUUCCCGUACAUCAGAAAUUAUACUGCGAACCAUCAGAAAUCAUUUUGUGAUGUUACUGUAUUGCUCCCAGAGGAGGUGGUGCUCAGUGAGAUCUGAUGGCUUUUAAUUUGCUUUGACAAAAAGAGUUUUUUGAAAAAUAACCUUCACUUCUAUCUGCAGGUGACUUCUGUACAUCUUUGAGUGGUUGCUGGAAACCUCAUUCUCAUGCAAAACCUCAGCUUUUUUGGACUAGAAGGACAGGCUGAAGGAUAGAUAGUUGCUGAAGGCUCUUGGGACUCCAGGCUGCCAUGUAAAUUAGUGAUGAUUUCCCUCUUGUUUCCUUUGCACUCCAGAAGUCUCACUUAAAGUGUUACCUCUGUAGGCACAGCCCAACCCCAUUUCUCUGCCCCCAGAGAA